AAACCAGUUAAUGAAUCUUUGUUGUUUUAUUGAUGUAUAUAAUCAUGUAUAGUUGAUCAUUUAACGUAUGUGUGUAAUCACGGAGAUUGUGGAUGUUUUAAAGCUGUAUUGUAGCAGGAGUUCGGGCAGCAGUAGCAGUCUGAGGUGAUGGCGCCCGCCAAGAUGAAGCUGCGCACGAGGAAGAAGGAGAGCCGCUCGUCGAAGUCCUCCCAGCAGCAGGCGCUCCGGCCCGAGACGUCCCCGGACUCCAAGUGUCCCAUCUGCCUGGACCGCUUCGUGAACGUGGCGUCGGUGGAGCGCUGCCUGCACCGCUUCUGCUUCCGCUGCAUCCGCGAGUGGGCGAAGAACAAGGCCGAGUGUCCGCUGUGCAAGCAGCCGUUCCGCUCCAUCUUCCACUCGGUGAGGGCCGAGAACGACUUCAAGGAGUUCGUGGUGCUGGAGAGCAGCGCGGAGAACGCGACCACGUCCGGCUCCACCGCCGUCACGACCAGCACGCCCACGGUCGCGACGCCCCCCGCGGGCCAAAACGAGGCGGAGAACGGCGCGUCUCGGACCCGCCGCUCCGCCGCGGUGAGGGCCAGGGAGAGGCGGAGAGCUCGAAACCCCGCCCCCUCCGGUUCCUCGUUGGACGAGGUGGCGCUGCACGAUCUGUUGCCGUGGCUGCAGCGGGAUCGAGUCAUGGGAGUGGGCCAGCUCCGCCCCUUCCUGCUGGCGCGCACCGACCACAUACUGCACGAGUUGGUGAACUUCGCCCGCUCUAUCGAAGCCAUGCAGUGCCCCCCUGCCCCGAGCUAUGAGGAGGACAGCGGCUCUCCGUCGUCCAUCAUCAACAUCUCGGAGGACGACGAUAGCGACGAGCCCGGUGUUAGUGAGGUGGCCACGCCGGAUCGCGUCGCUUCUGCUCCGGUGCCAACCAGCAGCGAAAUCUCGCUCAGCCAGUCGGCGUGGGACGACGAGACUCCUGGUCCUUCCUACUCCACCCUGAGCCAGCUGCAGUCGGAGGCUGCGGAGUCUGGUGCGAGCCAGCCAGGCGGAACCGGCGGUGCUGCGGAGCGUCGUGAGCGGAACGACGACGACGAUGCAGAAGAGUGCAUGAUCGUGGGCUACGUGAAGCCAAUGGCCGAACGGACCCCCGAGCUCGUGCAGCUCUCGUCUGAUACCAGCGAGGAGGAGCAGGAUAAGGAGGCGCCCGCCACCGAGGCGCCAAAGGCGGUGGCGAAGGUGGAACCGUCGCUGCCCGUUCAGGCGCCGCCUGCGCCCUCUCCGAAGUCGUUCCCCUCCACAUCUCACACAGACAACGCAGAGCGGGGCGCACAGAAACCCUCCCGUCACAGGAGGCAGGGCCACACCCGCGGGCGCGGGAUCAGAACCCGUUCCCGCUCCAGCAGUGACAGCUCGGCGCCGGGCGGCCGCCCCAGGAGAUCGGACCGGCCGCGCGCCAGAUCGUUUCACAGGGAGGCGAAGAGGCGCGGUCAGCACUCCCUACAGCUCGUCUCCGUGGACAGAGACGGCUCGUCCGACGAGGACCUCGCCCGCCCUCCUGAGAAAUCCUCCUCGCCCUUCUCGCCCUGGGAUUCGCCCGGGCACAAGAGAGCCAGAGACGAGAGGGAGAGGAGGAGGAGAACCAGGAAGCGGGAGCGACAGAGCGAGAGGAGUCGCUCCCCUCGUGACUCGCGCCGGCGUGACCGCGCGCUCCGCCUGCGCACCAGCAGCACCAGCAGCGGCGCCGAGUCGCACGCCGAGAAGCCCGCCGGGAAACGCAAGUACAAGACGCGGCACCUGGAGAGAAGGGUUCGGCGCAAGAGCGGCAAGGAGUCCAACGGGAGGGAGCGGAGCCCGAGCGUGGAGAUCGUCUACGAGCGCCCGGCCUCAGACGCGCACGCCCACCGCUGGAGGAAAAACAGACACAAGAAGAAGAGCCGGAGAAGAACCAGAGAGCUGAACUCGCCUACCAUCAUCACCAUAGACAGCGACAGCAGUAAUGACAAAAAACACCCCGCUGACUGUCAGGACCUGUUAACGGAGGACUAUCUCACGGACUGCAAGGAGAAGAGCGCAGAUGCUAACAGCUGGAGGACAGUUAACCACAAAGAGUUCAGCAGUCGCACCACUGACCACGCAGAACGCCUAACGGACCUCGCCGAUCGCCUCGUUGGCUUUCGGGACCCGACGUUAGGUGUUGGUCACACCAUCGACCCUGUUUCGGAGGUUGGCGGUCGCACCACGGGCUACCAGCACCUUAGAGAUCAGACCUCAAAGACGGCUAGUUGCGCCGAUAACCAUCAGGUCAGUGAUAAAGGCAGGAAGGCGAAGGACUAUGUGGACCCUCGUGUAGAGGGUUGUGGUCACACUACUGACAGUCUGGACAGCAGGGUAGACUUUAGAGACGGACCGGCGGCGGUAAGCAGUAGCACUUUUGACCAUCAAAGCCGUAAAAUGAGUUCAGGCGGUCACACCACUGACUACCUUGGCGUUACAGGGCUUAGCGACAGCUUGGCUGACCACGCCUGUGUUUUAGGUGCUAGCGGUCACACGGCUGACUCUAACCGCUCUGGUGCGGACACUGACGACCAGGAUCGUGACCACGCAGCUGAUUUAAAUGACUGUACUAUGGGGGGUGGAGAUGACACCAGGGACUAUAAAGAGCGCAUUAAAGGGGUGAGCCGUCACGCCGCAGAAGGGGUUAGCUCCAGUUCAGUCAGCAGUGACACCGGUAACGAGGCUAGCAGUCGCACCACUCCGGACUUUAAUGACUGUGCAGUCGAUUUCCAGGACGCCGGUGAGUCCCUAAAUUCCCUCUCCGGUCGGUCCGCGGACAGUCUGAACCUGGAGCACUUCAUGGUGGACAUAGUGAACCCGAAGCAGCCGAACAGGAGAGACGAUCCCGUUUCGGUGACCAGGCUGUCAGACAGACGGCUGCUCGAACUGGAGGACAGUCUGACCGGUGAGGGGCGAGACCAAAGGGACCAAUCGCAGGCUGAGAACGAGCCUGAAACGACGAGUGACGCGCGCGCCGGCGCGGCGCCGAGCUCUGAUGUAUAGUAGAACCGCGCGUUAGCCAGAUCGUUUCUCAUGUUGAUUAUCGUUCAGCUUUGUUAUAACCUGACGGACUCAAUUCCAGAUGUGCACAAAAAGAAAAACAAACAUUUCUUUGUACUGUUGACGCUUAUUAUUUAUAAUGCCUGCGGUAAUGAGAGGAACCGUCCUCAGACCGACUCCAGCGCCGCCCCGCUGCGCCACAGAACACACCGAUCACACCAGACGUACGCUGUCCAUCUAAAGCUCAGGGAACAUGUGGCACGUGUCCACUUUCUUAAUGAACACCACGCCUUUUAACACCUGGUAGGCGGCCCUAAUGAACCGGAAGGUUGUUGGCUGUGGUUGUAGCUAACUAGCUAACGAAAGUAUCCGCAUUCAUGAUACUGGGUUCUAAUAAGACAGAGACUGAUGGUGCGUUCGCUCCGGCAGCGACGUUUCGUCUCGUCGCCCAAAUCAUUGAUCGCUCGAUGUGUCUGUGUGUGUUUCUGAACUCCAGCUGGUCUCUGAUUGAGAUGGUUUCACUGGCCUCAUCGAUAUAACAGAUUUAACUGGCUAGUAUCUACAGAAUGUAUAAAAAAAAAACAAUCUGACCACAAAUCAGGUACAAAUCAGAUACCUUCUCACCCAGUUUUUACCAUACAUGGUGUAGGACGGGGUUGUUUGACACUGCAAUGAGUUUAGUACAAUUAUCUAGGAACCAAAGAAGGAGCUAAAGCGAGUACCGCUCUGCUCAAUACUCAGUUCCUAUCUGUAAUCACAACGUCCCGUCAUCCCUAAUUUGCAUCAAGUUAACCUGUCUAAGCAAAUGAGGGUUAAGGGCCUUGCUCAAGGGCCCAGAAGUUGCAACCUGGUAGUGGUGGGGUUUGAACCACCGCUAAGCUACAAGUAAGUGAAAAUGAAUGAUGUCUGGCCGCUUGGGUGCUUGUUGUCGGUGUGAAUGCUCAGUUCCUUCUGGUAAUAGCCACGUCUAAUGAGCCAGUGAUAGCUCAGUGGUUAAGGUACUGGACUAGUAAACAGAAGGUUGCCGGUUCAAGCCCCGCCACCACCAAGUUGCCACUGUUGGGUCCCUGAGCAAGGCCCUUAACCCUCAAUCGCUCAUCGUGUUCCGCUCAUCGUGUAAGUCGCUUUGGAUAAAAGCGUCCGCUAAAUGCUGAAAAUGAAAUGAAUGAAAUCUCUUGCUCAGCUUUGUUCACGGUGCCUCCUGUUGUCAGAAAUCGUCACUCUAAUUAGAAAAUCGAAGACACCCGGGUGCUUUGUGGCGUUGCGUCACUGCCGGUGUGAACACAAGGUCAGACGAGGUUGCGGUCAGGGCUCUGCACAGGCCUCUAAAAUUCCACAACACCAAAUAAUGACAAGUAGGUUUUGUUUUAUGCUUGAUCAGAACUACACAAAAGAUAGCAGCGUCACCGAUGAUGCAAUGAGCCAGUGUUCGUCAAUAGAGUGGUGGUUCGGCGGGUGGAAACCCCUUGACGAUGAGAGCGGUCAGAACACCACUGCCUGACCGGGUUUCGAAUGUGCCACUCUGUGUGAUCUCCAGUUGAUCAGCCGUUCUCCAACUCGAACCAGCUCAUCUGAUGCCAACAAUCAUGCCAGUCUCAAAAUCUCUCAGAUGUUUGAUGUGAAGAUGAAGUGAAGAUCUCUCUGUGUCUGGAUGAUUUUAUACGCUGUUCUGAUUAAAUAAUGACGUGAAUGAGCAGGUGUACCAGUGUUCCUAAUAAAGUGGCCGGGGUGUGUAUGUACAAAUCA